GCAAGUAGUACAAGGUGCGGCAAGCUGGACCUGAAAAUAAUGUACUUACUGUUACUAGCGUCACGUAGAUGUACAGUACCAGGUUUGCCUUUGCUUCGACAUUGAGUCUUCCCGAUUGUAUUCUAGCGAAGAUUUAGGAGUGAAAAGAGGACAGUGGGUACACCGCUUCUACAGAGAACAACAAAAGUCAAAGACAAUGCUAAACUUCGUCCCACGGACACAUCCGUCUGUGUCACUGCUGUAUGGCAAGAGGCCACUCCAGAGGAUAGCAUGUGGAUCUAAGCAGCUCUUCGUUGAAAUACCGAUAGAAGUGACCGACGAGGUGACAAAGGGAGUCGAUCCGGAAACUAGGUACCCACUAUGCUCAUAUUCGGGGAAAAUGAUCCGCGAUUGUUGAUUGUGAACUCUCUAUUUGUUCUCAAGUUUUCUACGCGAUCGAUGAUCUUAGAAAAAAUCUGCUAACGCUCAACCUCAACAGCUACAUCGGCAACAAGUAUCAGGCCUUGCCAUGGCGGAAGUUUGUAGAUAUCAAGGUGGACGCAGCGAACUUGAUCGAUAGUAACGUGAAGUCAGCACUUACCGACCUCGACAUCUUCAAGCCCCUCGCGACAAUGUACAAAUAGAUACUAUUUUGAUAUAGUAUUGCAUGAUGGACUUGGACAUGCUGAAUAAUGAAGAUUUGUCUGUAUCAAAUUUUGAUUUUCGCCUUUGGUACUGCAAGCCUCAACUUGUUUCUUGCUUUGCUUAUACCUUCAUUGUCUGCGUUCUCACCACCUAGGUACGUCGGCGAGAAAGCACUCGUGGAGAGAAGUCUUGCGGCAAAAAUGGCGGGAGGAAAAGCAAAGCUUCCUAUGGCUCCGAAAUAG